AUUAAAAUUAUUUUAUGACAGCAGGAAACUAUCUAACAUUUUAAUUCCUAUGCAUACUUAUUUUGUUUUAUUAAAAUCUUGAAUUAAAAAAAUAAUAACUAUGCUGUCAUUUUAUUGUCAUCUGCUUAAAAACUUGGCAAAUGGUAAUGAAUAAUGGCUGCUAAAGUAACAGGGUGUAAGGCAGUGAAGCCACUUUUAUCUGCUAACUAUUGUGAAGCUCAUACGCGGGUUGUUGGCUUGUACAAGGCUUAUUAUCGGUAUAUCCCAUAUUUAGUUAGACAGUUUGAUAUUCCUAAAUCUCCUGAGGAUUGUCGCUGGAAAUUGAGAGAGAAUUUUUAUAAACAUGCUUGCGUCACAGAUCUCCGUGUUAUUGAUAUGUUAGUCAUUAAGGUUAACCGUGAUGGCGUUGGCUGCUGGAAUUCAAACAAGCCGUACACACCGGACACCAACCCGUUAAUAAUAUCAGACCCCGAACUCUUCGAAUUCCCCAACGACCUUAAGGUUGACUACGAAGAUACUCUAUGGAUAUUGAGUGAUAAACUACCGCGGUUCAUCUACAAAGGUCUAGACCCGAAUGCCGUUAAUCAUAGGAUAUUCAGCAUCAAGGUGGUUGAUGCUAUCACGGGCACUGCUUGUCAGUAGAAUUAUCUGUGUACUGUGUACACGCACUUUUAUUGCUAUUCAAUAAAAAUUAAAUGUACAAAA